AGCUCAGUUAGGGCAUUCCCUUUGCUGUCAACCGGAUCAAUAGUUCAAACUGCUACAGAUUCGACAUUAAAUAGAAAUAUGCAGGCUCAUCGUCGCGCCGCGGCUAUUCCGCUGCUAUCGGGCGCAGCCAACUACAAAGAGUGGAGCCAAAAGGUGGAGCUGCAGAUGCGUAUUCAAAAGAUAUGGCCAGCAGUGAUGGGACCACCAGUGCCCAUUGAGCGCGAGCGUGUGGAGACGGAGACGAGGCCAGAUCUGGAGCUGCAGGACUACACAUAUGUUGCUUCCCGCAAACACAUUUACAUUCAGAGCUCCGAAUUGGUGAUUCGCAGGGCGAAGUUGUGUUUGUUUAGACUCUUAGACCCCAAGAUUGUUACAUCUGACUUAAUCGACAUGAGCGUACCCUGUCUUUGGCGCGCAUUGAAGCGUCGUUAUGGCCAUGUUAGGAGCAGUCCCAAGCGCAAGUCGCGUGCAACGGAAAUGAAAGAGACGUGCAAGAAGCCGAUGAUGGGACAUCGUGGCGGUGCUUAGGGUUAAGUAACAGUAUUUCUGGUUAUAAUUUGUUUUGUAUUGUUGGUUAUUGUUGU